AUGGCAGCUACAGUGCGCGCUAUAUACCGUUGUCUGCUACGCGAUGCCCAUAAGCUGCAGCGAACUCCGCACUUUAAUAUCCGACGAGACUUACGACUAGAACAAUGGGGAUCUGGUAGCUUCGUAGAGCCUUUAUCUAGCCAGGAACUCCAGAUGCAGAUCACAAGUGAUCCCAUUGUGCUCACUUCUCUCAAAGAGUUUCGAAAGCUGCGGGAUAAUGCGAUUCGCCUGAGAUCACCUGAAGCUGAUAUAGUCAAUAGUAUACGAUUAAGCUUUCGACAAAAUGCAAAGCUCAAUGACCGAAAGAUUGUCAAUGCGUUGCUGGACGAAGCAAUCGAAAUUGUAAGUGAGCUGUCUGACCAGCUUUGGUUGGCUCGAUGCUCGAGUGUCACUGUAACCGAUGGCGUUCGUAUUGAAGCGACGAGUAAAUACGUACAAAAUUAUAGCAAUACGGCCUCAAAUGUCUAUCGAUUUACCUAUCGGAUUACCAUUACCAACAUCAACAAGAAUACUGCUGUCCAGAUUCUAGGUCGCCAAUACACGUUUGAGAGUGAAAAGGGUAUGCGAAUCGCCUUGCCGCGAAAUUCGGCAGGUAUUGUGGGUGCCACGCCGUUGUUAGAGCCAGGCCAGACGUUUGAGUAUGCAAGUGGAGUAGACAUUGAUGCCCCUGGCGGCUCUGUUACUGGGUGUCUACAUGCUCCCCACACACGGACAGGAAAUGUUGAAGAUCUUUCUGCUGACAUUGCCUACGCAUUUUAA